GCUGCCGCUGACCCCGUUCGCCUUCCAUAGUUUCCUAUCUUGCCGGUGUCUACUCUCUUGCUGAACGCGUGGUAGGGAUUCUUUUAUUUCGAUUCUGAGAAGUUAUUCUGGAAAUGGCAGAAAUGGUUCAAGAAAAGAAUACAGGACUAAAAUUCGCAGAGGAGCAGCUUCUGCGACACGGAUGGGAAAAAGGUAAAGGUCUGGGAAGAUAUGAGAAUGGCAUUUCAGAAGCUAUUAAAGUCAAAAUUAAAUGUGAUAAAGGAGGGAUGGGCCAUAAGGAAGGUGAGCAGUUCAGUUUCCACUGGUGGGACCAUGUUUUUAACAAAGCCUCGUCAGGUCUGGUUGUGGAAUCAGGGCAGAAUGGUGUGGUGGUGAAGAAGUCAGAUGACGGCAAUGAUGGAUUGAUCUCCAACAAGAAGCCACGCAAGGCUCAGCAAGCCAAGUCCAUGCUCUAUGGACGCUUUGUCAAGUCAGCUACGCUGCUGUCAGGUGAGAAGCCAGAAAAAACCUCUGAUUCAGAUGACAGCAGCAGCAGUUCUGAAGAUGAGGACCAGAAACUGGAUCUUUCCAGCACGACCAAACUAUCAGAUGCAGAUCUGCUUGAAGCUUGCGGAGGACGAACAGCACACAAAGGAGCCAGACAUGGACUCACUAUGAGCGCCAAACUGGCCCGGCUUGAGCAGCAGGAGCAAGAGUUCAUGAACAAGUAUGGUAAGAAGAACCACACUGCUAAAACAUCCACAAGCAGCACAGACUGUCUAAAUCCUGAGGGAUGUCCAGAUAUGAACGAGAAAACAAAACGCAAGAAAUCAAAAAGACAGAAGGAGCCAUCAGAGAAUAACAUCCAUGAAGAUAAAAUGACAACACACAUCCUUCCAAGUAAUAAUACUGAGAACUGCAAGCCCAAAAAGAGGAAAGGCUUUAAUGGUGCUUCCGUGAACAACGAUAUGAUUGCAGAUACAGAGCCAAAGAAGAAGAAAAAGAGAAAUCGCAAAGAAAAAGAAGCACCUGAGGAUUGUGCCAAUGGAGACUGCAGCAUAGACGUGAACGAGGCAUUCACACACACAUCAGAGGAGCGAGACACACACCUGCCAAUGGAUGACAGCGUGCACAAAAAGAAGAAAAAGAAAAAACAAUCCAAGGUGGAUGAUGAGACGGCCAACACAGAUGAGAUCAGUGAGGAUUCCACGAACACACAGAACAAACAGCCACAGGAGGGCAGUAUUGAGCAUCAACAAGCCUCUGACGGUGCCUCCAAAAAGAAAAAGAAAAAGAAAUCCUCUAUGGAGCACUACGAAGUUGUGGAUAACUCAACUACUGCGAUGACAGUAACAGAGGACACUAGCAACAAAGCACAGAUAAUGGACACACAAACAGAAGGACAGGAGAACGACAGGAAGAAAAACAAAAAAAAGAAGCAUAGCAAAAAGGAGCAGGAGGUGGUAGAAAAUGUGCAGUUUGAGGAGUCUGUGCCAAAGAAAAAGAAAAAAAAGAGCAAAUAGUGAACUCGCAUGCUGCAGAACUCACUACAAACACAAGCUGAUCAGAAUCUGGGCUGCUGAUGAAAUGCAAGGAUCAGUUCUCCAGUAUCAAGACUAUUAGCUGUUCAGAUCACAUGUUUGUUGUGCAGCACUCGUAUUCAUUCUUACAAGUCAUGGGUGAUUUUUAAAGCUUGAGACCCACGGGUGACAUGAAAUGUUUUUAAUGGACUGAUUUGUGAGACAUUUGUGUUAUGCAUAUUAAAUGGCAUAUCCACAAUGACAAAAGUGUGAUGAACUGUGAACCGCUUGAAGUGAGUUGUGUGGAACUUGAAACAUUGCUAACAAAUCAAACUUCAAAUGAAUUGGAAAAUAGUUAUUCUUGAGA